UAGCUUAUCCCACCAGAGCCUGCUGGAGGGGAACCAAACAAGCUUGGACCUGAGGCUGGGACUAGCUUUCCUGUUUCUGGAGUGGAUGCCACCCCCCUGCCCACCAGCCUGCCUGUCCACGCCAGGGACACACAGACUCCUUCCCUUUCCAGACUGGAAAGCCCCCUCCUGGGAGAGCAGGAAGGAAGCAACCUGCAACUCUUCCAGCCCUGAACCUUGGGCUGAGCCUACAGUUCAAGGGUGCCUCUGUUGGAGAGGCUGCUGCUGUGAUUUGAAAAUCUUCUUUCCUUGGUGAAUUUCCAGAAGGCUCCAGAUGAAUUGUAUUGGGUACCACCCCGCCCGGAGGCUGCGGGCCUGGGGCGGCCUGGCUGGAGGUGCAACGUUCAUGAUAAUCUGGCUUUUCUGGCUGCGGGGAUCAGCUCCUGGAAGUGCCCCAGUGUCUCAGUCCACACUCACCAUCCUUAUCUGGCACUGGCCUUUCACCAACCGGCCACCAGAGCUACCUGGUGACACCUGCACUCGCUAUGGCAUGGCCAGCUGCCUUCUGAGUGCUAACCGGAGCCUGAUAGCCAGUGCUGAUGCUGUGGUCUUCCACCACCGUGAGCUGCAAACCCGGCGAUCUCGCCUGCCCCUGGACCAGAGGCCACACGGACAGCCUUGGGUCUGGGCCUCCAUGGAAUCGCCCAGUAAUACCCAUGGUCUCCAUCGCUUCCGGGGCAUCUUCAACUGGGUGCUGAGCUAUCGGCGUGAUUCAGAUAUCUUUGUACCCUACGGUCGCUUGGAGCCUCUCUCUGGGACCACCUCCCCACUACCGGCCAAAAGCAGGAUGGCUGCCUGGGUGAUCAGCAAUUUCCAGGAGCGGCAGCAGCGUGCAAAGUUGUACCGGCAGCUGGCCCCUCAUCUGCAAGUGGAUGUGUUCGGUCGUGCCAGCAGACGGCCCCUGUGCGCUAAUUGUCUGCUGCCCACUUUGGCCCGGUACCGCUUCUACCUGGCCUUUGAGAACUCACAGCAUCGGGACUACAUCACUGAGAAGUUCUGGCGCAAUGCCCUGGCGGCUGGUGCUGUACCCGUGGCGCUGGGACCUCCUCGGGCCACCUACGAGGCUUUUGUGCCACCAGAUGCCUUUGUACACGUGGAUGACUUCAGCUCUGCCCGUGAACUGGCUGUCUUCCUCGUCAGCAUGAAUGAGAGUCGUUAUCGUGGCUUCUUUGCUUGGCGAGACAGGCUCCGUGUGCGGCUCCUGGGUGACUGGAGGGAGCGCUUCUGCACCAUCUGUGCCCGCUACCCUUACUUGCCCCGCAGCCAGGUCUAUGAAGACCUUGAAAGCUGGUUCCAGGCUUGAACUCCUGCUGCUGGGAGAGGCUGUGUGGGUGGGAGACUGAUGUUGAAACCAAAGAGCUGGGCAUCCAGGCUUUUGGUCACCAUGGGACUAACCCAAGGCUUUAGCUCAGUGAGCAGGAAUUCAGGAUAUAAGGAGAAGACUGGGCUGAGACACCCUGGUGGGC